AUGGCAGCUAGAGGCGCUCCUAAGCCAGAGGGCUGGUUCGGCUUGACCUCAAACGAAGCCAGGCUCAUUGUCCUCGGCCAGAUGUGCUGUGAUUCCACUGGCAAAAAGGUCGAUUACGAAAAGGUAGCUGUCAGAGGCGGUUACAAAAAUGCAGCGUCUGCUAUGACUGUCUACCGCAACGCCAAACGCCGACUUGCCGAACUUUCAACUGGUUGCCCCGAAGAUUCAGCUGAUGCUGUAAACAACUCGACCACAGCGACCCCGCUCAAGACUCCUACGAAGCGUAAGAGAGGCAAGGCAGCGGAUGCCACGCCUGACGAUAUGCUUGCCACCCCCAGUGGUACUGUCGAGGCCGAAUCAGCCGUGACCCCAAAGCCCAAGCGCGUCAGGAAGACCCCGGCCAAAAAAGCAACCGCUCCCAAGGUUGUCAUUCCUAAGGUUGAAGAAGGUGAUAGCGACGGGGAAGCUAGUCUGCAACUCGAAUCCUCUCCUCUCGCGCAGGCCAGUGCUGAAAACGACGAGGGCGGCGAUUCGUACAAACGAGUCAAACAAGAGCAGUCGACUUUGGCUGACAUGGAGGAGGAAACUAUGGUUGGUAUGCUGAAAGAGCAUAUCACCGCGUCCGACGAGGAGAGAGCCAUGGCCGAAAUUGAUGUGGCCGCCGAGAUGGACGCGAUGGACUCAGUCACGGUCCCAGUGAAGGCUGAGGAAUGA